AAAGAAACCCUAUUGUGUGCAAAAGAGAAUUCUUGGAGCGACAGAAAAACUCCAUGAUGACGUAACAUGCCGUUGUAACACCUUAGAGUUUGUCAAGUUACAAAUGUUAAGAAGAAGUUUGCUAGGGAUCGAAGAUGUCAACAAAUGCUGAAAAGGUUACUGAGUUACGAGAGAGAGGAAAUGAAUGUGUACGAGCUGGAAACUAUGCUGAGGCAAUUUUACAUUAUUCACAUGCCAUUAAGUUAGACAGCCGUUCUCCACAACUGUACAGCAAUCGAUCAUUUGGAUUUCUAAAGCUCCAACAGUAUUAUCAUGCCCUUGAAGAUGCUAAGGAAGCUAUAAGAUUGGAUCCAAGCUGGGCCAAGGGGUGGUUUCGUAAAGGAGAAGUUGAGUAUGCCACUAACCAUUUUGCAGAAGCAUUGGAAUCUUAUCGCCGUGCCUCACAACUACAGGAUGAUCCUACCCUACUGGAAUGUGUUCUUAGAACUAAUCGAGAGAUGACUCGUCAACAAAAGGUUGACCAACAGACACCAUGGGUUGGUGCAGGAAUUGGCCUUAUUCUUGGUGUGUUGAUAGUUGUGGGGGAUGCAGUCCUUGCCAAGCAAUCUGUUCUUAGUCAUCCAGUUCUUCAGUCAAUCAUCACAGUUAUCUUCUCACUGUUUGGCCUAGGUUUAGGCUAUUGUUAUAGAUUGUACAUACAGAAUCAACGAUCAGCGUUAUUAGAGCCACCUAUUGAUUUAGCAGGAGAUGGUGUAAUGAGGAAUGGAGUGGAUGGGGUUGGUGGUGAAAACAUAGCUGAAAGCACUACAGCCGACGAGCCACGGCAUCAUCCACGAUACACCAAAGCCCAAGCAAGGCAGCGAUAUAAGAAAGGAAAAUCUUAGGUCUAGUCUAAAAUUUAGGCACUGUGCUCAGAACCAGUAAAUAUUUAGUGGACCCCCUGUAUUCACGUUCUCAAGAUUCGCGGACUCACCUAUUCAAGGAUUUCUGUUUGGACCAUAUCUACCCAUUAUUUGUGGGAAAUUUGCCUAUUCAUGGUAUUUUCCACUGAGAAAUAUUCACAAAUUACUGUAUUUUCAUAUUUUCCUGAUUAAAUGCACUUUGUGAUUAAAACUGUAUUAUUAUAAUAUUCAGUUGUAGGGGUUUUUCUUGUGGUUGAACUAUCAAAAUAGGCAGUUAUAAGCAUUUUUAGAGGGGUUCUAAGUAUUCGUGAAUUCUAGGUAUUCGGGGGGGCGGGUUUGUCUGGUACGCAUCCCCCCCCCCCCCACAUCACUGUAUAGCUAAUCUGUUGACAUUGUUCUUAAUGGUAAAAACUGGAGAUACAGUGAGACUAAUAAUGUCCUUAAAAGGGUUCUCAAGGUAGGAUGUCUGAUCAUGGGGUACAUAAAACAAGAGCUCACAGUAUCAAGGGAAAAUUCAAAAUUUAACCCACAUUACAGAUAUAAAGGUUAAUUUCCAAUGCUUUUGCCCCCAACUAGUAACCUGUUUAGGAAGAUUAAAUGCCAAAUAUAAAAUAGUGAAAGAUACACAUAUUACACCAGAAAGAAUAAUUAAGAAAUUACGUUGAAAUUGCAGAAUUACAUAACUGUACACAAAGAAGAAAAACAAAUCUAUGCAAAGUGUUCAUGAAUGUUGGUACUAUUUUUAAAGGUUGUAUUUCAUAACUUGGUAAAGUUUAAGACUCCUCAAAAAGAUUGAAAUUAUCCAAGUUAUGAAAUGCAGAUUCUAUAGUAUGUCUCCCUCAGUAGGUAUUAGUACUAUAAGCAAAUAAAACCAGGUUUUUUGUAAGUAAAUUUAAUAUAAAAUAGUAUGGUAGUUUUUGCACCAUAUUCUACGAUCAUUGUGUUAUAGUUUAUAUAUGCAUACAAUAGUUCAUAUUCUUCAAACCAUGUAUUCUAUUGUACAGUACUGUUUACUGGAAGCAAGAAGCACCUUAUAGAACACUUUAAUUUAUUGUUAAACAUUUCUGUUGUAAAAAGAAUGAUAUUGUCAAGUUAAGCUUUAAAAAACUUUUUCUGUAUUUAUCCUAAUGCAAGAAGCAUAUGAUACCAAUUUGAGGACAUCUCCCAUACAACCGAGUACUCCUUUCUUUUUAUUUACAUGUAUUCUUUUUUGUGCAUUAGGGUUGCUGGGGAGUGGGGAGCAAGUAGAAAGGUUGGACUAUUCAGAACCCAUCAACAUUGCUGAUUCCUUACAUUUUUACUGGGUACAAGUUGGUUGUAGGUCACUAUGUUGUUAUUUAAUUAGACUAAUAAUUUAUAAUUUCUGCUAUCUAUUAUUUACCAUUUCUAUUAUCUCCAGUUUAUCAUUUGUAAUAAUAAUAAAUUAUUGUACAUUUUCCAUUCAUGACAUGAGAGAAAUUUCAAGCGAUCAAUUAAGAAAUUCUGGAUGCUUUUACCAUCAUAGCUUUCAAGUUUAUCUCAUUUCAUUUUUAUUGAUAUUAAUGAGUCAUUGUACAGAUGCUCUCUGCAUUACUCAUAUAUUACUUCUAUAAAGUCUGCAGUAAACAUUUGCACUUAGUGUAAAAUUUUUAUUUUAUUUCCAUAACCAAUCAUUGCAUAUACUACCAUGCAGUUGUAGAAGCUUUUGAAACAUCUGUACACUUCAGUGCACCCUUGUACCCAUCAUGACAGCUUUUAUCAAGUGUUUGAACUACUUCAAACACUUGAUAAAAGCUCUGUACAUACCAUCCCUUUUAUUAUCGAAUAUAAUUUCCUUUGUACUGUAUACAGAAAAAUUUACAGUAUUAUUGUUCAGCACUUUAAUUUCUUGUGUAAUUACCAGACAUAAUCAUUCUUUGUUAAUGAUAGUUUGGACAGUUGCAGAUAAUGGAUGCUUAAAAUUUGACUCGCCUAUAAAGUAAUUUGUUUUAAAAUCACCACCUAUUAUUUACAUUGUCUGGAAUAGAUGAUUAAGGAUUUUCUUCUUUCAUGUCCAAUUAUGUAAAUCUGCCAUUUUAACUCCCUUUUGACAACAGCUCUUUAGGAUCCUCUAUUUUUUUUUCAUUUAUUUGCAUUCUUAUCAUUUGAUCCCUCUGAAGAUAAAACCAUUAUAAAUAUAUCCAAAAUAAAAUAUUAUUGUUUUAAAAUUUUCAACAUUCUCCGAGCUCUCCACAUUAGAAUAUGGUAAAUACAUUGCAGAAUAAACUCUGAAAUUUCCUCAUGGUGUAAAUAACUCAUACAUUAUUAUUGAUAAGUUUUUAAUCACAUGAUGCAUGUUUGGCAAGAUACUUUGCAGAACAUUAAUGUCCUUUUUUUUUUUCCCACUAAACUUAGUAAAGAAAAAAUACAAGUAAAAUUUUGUAACAUCUAGUCACUUGUAAUUUGACACAUGAAAAUAUUUUAUUGUAACUGUAUGAUUAAUGGUAGUCAAGUGUGAUAGUUAUUUUAUUUCUAGCGGUUUGAUGUAAACUUGCAACUUUUAAAUACAUGUAGAUUUGCUUAUUCUUUUAGUAUAUAUAUUAGUACGUUAUUUCUUUUUCUUUUUCUGUAGAGACCGAAUCAAAAUGUUUUGCAUAUUUUUGUGAUAGUGAUUCAAUUCUUGAUGUGAAAGCUUGAGUGAAUCAAGUAAACAUUCCAUAUAUAUUUUCAAUUUUUGGAAUGCUUUGCAACCUUAUAUUAACAGAAUGUUAAUGCAGUUAGUUAAGAGAGAAAGUCAUAUUAUAGACAUGCCUGUAAUAUAUCCUGAGUGAGUUACAUGAAUGUGAUUUUAUGUAAGGAACAAAAGAACUUUCAUUCCAUUUGUUCUUAUAAAUAUUGCAAGACAAAAAACCAAAAUCAUUUGUUAAAACUGUCAUUAUGAGUAGAUAUUUCACUUGAUAGGGAAAGUAUGUUACACUUUAAUUUUCAUGAGUAAUAAAUGUUUUUGUUGAAUA